GUUACUGAGCCGGCUCUCGUCUUCCGUACUUACGUGGGGGGUGUUGAAGAAACGGAGCUGUUUGUAAACUCCCAGGACUUUGUUGGAACCGCCUUUCCCAAAUCACUUUCCGAUUUACCCAACUCACUUUGUCGUCAUCUCAUCGCAUCUUCUCUUCAGCACCGGGCAACGAUGGAGGAGGCUACAGUGAAGCUUAGCGUGCCAGUUGGCGAGGAGGUCAUCCACCUCUCAGCUCUAGACCAGCAGGCUCAACGGCACUACGCGAAGCCAAUGCUGUUCUUCAAGUUCAACCACGAGGGGAUAAACGAUCCCAUCAUCGGCCACCUCAGAAAAGGCUUGUCCGUCGCCCUGAGCGAGACGCCUGACUUUGCGUCAACCAUUGCACCCGUCCCCGGUUCGACCAGGAAGGAGCUUCAGCUAGGGCUGAACCCGGAAUCCGGGGCGUCAUGGAGAGUCGUCGACCAUACCGCCGAGGUAAACAAGGACGCUUGGGUAUAUGGGACCUUUGAUGAACUCGCGGCGAAGCACUUUUCCCUCACGGACAUCCCUCUCAAACGCCUGGUGAAUCCGGCAUUCGUCAACAUCUCUGAGGAUCUGAGGGAGCUCCCGUCUUUCGGCAUCCAGCUGAACUUGAUCGAGGGCGGCGUUAUCUUAGUCGCUAGCUGGCACCACACCGUCUCCGACGCACGGGGGUUCAACGUUCUGCUUAGCUCAUGGGCACGCCGCACAAAAGAGUCAAUACUGCGUGGCGAGCCCGACGAGCCCAUCAUCCCGGCGGAGGAGACACGCGGUCGCUGGCGCCUCGAUUACGGCAUGACCAACGCAACCAUCGCCCAGGUUCCCGAGUACGCCAUCGAUGCCAACGCGCGGUCUCCACGCUCGGCUACGUCACUGCAUCUGCUCGACCGCGAGGACCCCCUGGGCGCGCCGUUCCAGGUCAGCACCUGGUACAUCAGCGCCGCACAUGUCCAGGCUUUGCGCGAUAGGCUAGGAGCAGCGGCCGACUCGGGCGGUUUCACGGCCGUCGAAGCCAUCAGCGCCCUUUUCUGGAAGCAUGUGAGCCGGGCCCGCCGUCUCCUCGACAACAACGAGGGGGGCACAUCAUUGUUCACCACGCGUCUCGAGUUCCGCGCCCGUUUAAUCCCCCCUCUGAGCGGCGACUACAUCGGAAACAUCUGUGAGCCCAAUGCUCACGCGCGGGUACCACUCUCUGAGCUCUGCUCACCUGCCACUAGGGCUUCCCUGGCAACACUUGCGUCCGCCAUCCGCGCCGCCACCGAGGCUGUUGACGAUGGCGCAGUGCGUACCUACAUCGGUCUUAUCAACACGCUUCCCGCGGUCACCGACCUUACGUGGAAGUAUGACGGCUUCCCGGGUCCCGACUUUGGCGUCACUGAUUUGUCUGGCUUGGAUGUUCGUCGCACGGACUGGGGCCCGGGGCUGGGCUCCCCGGUCUGUCUUCGCUUGGCAUAUCGCGAGGGAGGGCUUCUGUACCUGUUCCCUGGUGAUGCGCAGGGUGGAUUGGAGGUCCAGGCACUUUGUGAACCGGACGCGUUAGAGAGGUUGAAGGUUGAUGAGGAAAUGGUCAAGUAUGCUACCUUUAGGGGCUAGCCCAGCAUCGGGAAUCCAUACUGUCCAAAGUUUCCUGGAUUGAUGGUACGGAAUCCUUGACAGGGGCCACGGAUUUUGAAGAUCG